GCUUGGGCUAAGGUCAUGAACCUGGACAGAUUUGAUCUGAACUAGGAUGUUACAUUAUCUAUGUCAGCCUUUGUGUACUAUUCGUCAUGUUUUGGUUAUUCGUGUUGCAUGUACACUAAUAGAAUGUAAUAAAUACCUCACUGGACUGUUGUGCAUAGCUUUUAUCUUUGUUUUGCAAUCCCCUAAAAAUCGAAAAUCACAAUAGACUCUCAUGUAGACCGACCAUUAUCAACAUAAUCUGAUUGAACUGCCGACGGAAGGAACCACGAUGUUGAGUCCGAGUUCCUUUUAAUCUAUUCUGAUCAGAAUGCCCAAUCACAAUAUAGAAUGGGGCCAUAACAAAAUGAUUUC